CUCCAUUACGCGACACAAGCUCCGAAGCCUCGAUACAGAACGUCCCAUCACUACUUUCCAGUAAAGCUACUGCUUAUUCAAGUUUAAGUUCACUCCCGUCUCCUCGCCUGUGUUCGCGCCUGGGUCCACCACACACUCUCCACAAGGUCUGCCUCCGCUGGCCGUGACAGCUUUCCUAAUUAAUGCGUGUGCGUCUUUGGUCCUCUGUCCUCAUGACUCGGGUCUUCGUUUACGGCACUCUGAAGAAGGGGCAGCCCAACAACUACCGCAUGUUCGACAGCAACAAUGGAAAGGCCGAGUACCUGGGUUCGGCGUUCACCAUCCAGAAAUACCCGCUAGUGAUCACCACCAAGGACAACAUCCCUUUCCUGCUCAACAUCCCUGGCCAGGGUCACCGAGUGCACGGGGAGAUCUACAAAGUGGAUGACCAGAUGCUGAAAUUCCUGGAUGACUUUGAAAGCGUCCCAACGUGGUACCAGCGGACGGUGGUCCAGCUGGAAGUGAAGGAGUGGGUGGGGAAGAUGGAAGGAGAGGAGAAGGUGUCACCGGGGAGCAUCACAGAUGCGUUUGUGUACACCGCCACAACGUACAAGCCAGACUGGCGCUCGCUGCCGUGCUACGAGAACUACGACUCAGAGGGAGAUCACGGGCUCAAAUAUAGGCGUAGAGAAGAGCGGGACUGAUCUCAUCAUGCUGAUGCAACUGACAAAUGGACCUCUAUGUGGUGUUAGCAGAACGGGUGAAGGAGCUCUCAGGAAAACAACACCUGGACAUGGGUGCUGUUUCCUGUCGUGUGUCGAAUUGAAAUAAAUCACAAGAGAAAUUAAUUUUAAUAGCAGAUAGGCAGGCUUACAAUCAAAGUAAGGAUAGUGUAGAGAAGGAAAAGGGCACACUGUGCCACUGAAAGUUGCACAUUAGUGAUGUUGUUUACAAAUUUGGUUUUCUUUUUAUGAUUUAUAAUCAUCUGGGAAGCAUUAUGAGUAAUGUAUGGCCAGCCUGUGCUUCAUAAAAAGUGAUUGCAUAGAAGUCUGGGAGGAAAUGACCUAGCUGCUGAUCAAUGUGUGGUGUCAAUGCCAUUAAACAAAACACAUUGUGUCAUUUGAUACACCUGCUCUUAGCAGUGCUGUCAAACAUAAGCUCCGGGUGCUAGAUUCAGCCCAGCAAAGGCUGCCAAUUUGACCCACUGGGUGGGCUUUGGAAAUUUUUAUAGCAUUUUUACACACUGAUAAAGAUCUCAGAUUUUUAACAUUUCUUUUCAUUUACUAUGGUAGAAAAAAUGAUUUGCACUUUAAAUGUGUAGUUAAAUGUGUUUAUACUGACAGAAAGGAGAUUUUCACUGAGUUUGACACUCUAGGCUUAGAGCAUUUAUAUUACACAGAUAUGAACUCUGAUUUUACACUAAUCUGCAGACAAUGUGUUUAAUAUUUACAUUCUGCACAUCUUUGUUUACCUCAAAAAUAAAAAUUCACCCUGAUUUUUUUUGUAUGAUCUUCCAUGUGCUGUGUUCAUCCCCUCUAAGGGAUAAACUCAAUAAAAAGAGGAAAAAAGAAA